AACCCGAUUCCGCGGAUUUCGAGGUUAAGCGUUUUUUCUCCGAGCCUUGUUUUUCUUCUACCGUUAUUCGUACGCGAGUAAAGUGCUCGUGUUUAUCGUGUACCGCGCAGCACGCGUAUUUCAACGCAUCGGGACUCCCUUGGCGAAUCGAUCGAGUAAAAUUUCAAAUUUCAAAUUCGAUAGUUGAAACGACGCGGGUCGUGACGUUUAUUUGCUCAUGUUGUUCGAGCAAGUGCGAGCAAGUGCGAGCAUAGUAUAGAUCCUGUAAUAAUAACGGUGUGCCGGCCUAAAGAAAUCUGUUUAGCGAUCGCAGCAUCUUCAGGCUCGCGUGACGCGCGAAUCGGAUCGUUCGGGAGUAUCGCGACGAUCGCGACGCUAAUAAUAAAUCGGCCGGUUAUGUAAUUUCUGAGAAUCGACACCGACUCCGGUUGUGGUUUUGCGAAACUUUCAUCCAGCAAACAUUCUUUUUCAGCUGCCCUCGAUAAGAUCCUUUUACUCGGCGACGGAUAUCAUUGUACGGUAUCGAGUGUCGAGAUUUCGAAUAAUAACGAAUAAGCCGCAGUCCCGAACCCCCGAAGGAAUAACCGUAGAGAUUGUUCGUCUUGUAACUCGAUUAUCGUUGCAUCAUUCGUUCGAUCGUUCGUUUCGGGCGAAACGAAGAAGGUCGAGACGAUUCGUCCGACGUUCGGAAUCGCGCUGUCGCUCGAGCACGUGAAACCUAACGCACGCGCUUCGUCGCCGGCAUUCCGAGCCAGGUCGGAUGGCGCGCAGUUGAACGACGAACGCCGCGCGAAUUGUUCGCGCCUCGAUCCGUUACCGCGAGCUACGUUUCAAUUUUCCACAGAGGACGAGUGUGUUCGAACGUGCAAUUUGGAACAUCCGUCUCCGAUUCGUGAUCGGUAUCUUCUCGUGGCAUCGAACGAGGAGGAGAAGGAGGAAGAGGGAGAGAACGGCAACGAGCACGUGAAACGCGGUGUGCGAUUCGCACCACCGAGGGGAGAGGAUCUAACUUUCGAAGCAUCGGUCCGAUCGAUCGAUAAUGGACAGACAAGUCUUCUAUUAUACCGCUCUGACGUCGGAGGAAAAGAGUAGAAUGCAACCGUGCACGAAAGCUAGGUGUGUGAUCGUGACUGGCGACUCGACGACGCUGCAGACCAGGAAUUCUAUACCGCUGGUGGACUAUGACGUACCGGAUCACGCGUGUCUCGGUAAAAUCACGUCGGCCACACCUACCACACCCACUACACCCAACACACCUUCGGCGACGAGUAAACCGUUGAAUUCGAAUUUCGACUCGACCGACACCACCGACACCGAGACGAUCGAGAACGACACCGUUUGCACGGUGCCGAUAUCACGGAGCAUUUUAACCGAGUCUGAGCGCGAAUCGGACUCGUCGCUUCACCUGCGGUCCCCGAGUCAGCCGGAAAUUCAGUCCGAAAUUCAGCCGAAAAUCGAGAAGAACGGCAUCGACGCGGACGAGAAGAAACCGGUCGUUCGACCGAACGACAACUCCUGUAUCGUCGACUGUAUAUAUUUCACGCAGCAGUGUUGCGAGUGCGUGAUAUUUUAAUAUUUUUAUACUCGCAUAUUUCCACAUUUCCACAUUUCCACAUUUCCAUAUUUUUCUAUUUUUCUAUUUUUCUAUUUUUCUAUUUUUCUAUCUGAAUGCUCGCGACGCGCGACUAAACAUUUGUCGCGUCGAAUCGGGAGGAGGAAUCUCUGUUUACAUGUAUACGUAGCUACUGUGUACGGAAUAAACGAUAUUAUUAAACGCGUUGAAACGCAUAGUAGACAUAGUAGGCAAGUACUUUGUAAUCGUUCGCUCGGAAAGACUGCUGCUCAAGUGCCGUAACACUUCUCGAUAUAAUAGAUUCAGAUUUCUCGUAUUUUUCGUACUGUUCAGCUUUUAGCAAGUUCCGGCGACACGCAAGCGCAUACGUACAUGUGAAAUCACACUGCCAUGAUACCAGAGGCUUCUCGCGAGUUAGUUUAUACGUUUCGAAUCUCGCAAGCUUUCCAAACGAUAGAGACGCACAGUUCCAGAACGGAUCCGAGUCCUGUUCCACGGUACUCUUUCCUGAUCGAUGCUUUCUAUUCUUGAUCGAUCGAUGAUUCAACGUUACGGGAAACCGUUUACUUUCCAAGAGGCAUAGGUUUUUCGCUGGAUGGAGAAUAAUCGAGCUCUUCGAGGAUCGUUCGUUCGGGACAUAUAAGUAUGACUGAUAUUUAUGCAAAUGUAAUUUAAUUUAAUUUUAUUUAAAUUCAUUCCACUUUAUCUCGUCUCGUCUCAUCUCGUCUCGCUUGAUACAGUAUAUAAUGUAAUAUCGUGUAAUAUAAUGUAAUAUAAUAUAUAAUAUAAUAUAUAAUAUAAUAUAAUAUAAUAUAAAAUACAUAAAAAUACA